GAAGGACUUGACUCGAGGUAAAAAAUGGUAUGAUAUGCCAGCAACAGAACAGACCCCUGAGAUUAAAAACGAUUUGACUAUUUUGAAUUUAUCGUCUUCGUUAUACCCAAAAAAUUAUUACAAAAAAUGUGAUUGGAAAACCAUUCCCAAAUAUUAUCAAAUUGGCACGGUUAUGGACGAUCCUCACGAUUUCUAUUCUCGCUUGACCAAGAAGCAACGGAAGCAAACCAUUUGCGAACAGAUUUUAGCCGAUAAAGAUUUCAAAUCGCAUUUCGACAAAAAAUAUCGCGAAAUGAAGGAUAAGCAACAAAAUCUCGACAAGGCCAAAUUCAGAAGACGACAUAAAAAGAAAAAAACAAAUUGAAGCCUUAUACUUUUAAUUUAGUUCCAAUAAAUUCACUUUUGGUUUAUAUGGUUAUUUAUAUAG